UUUGGGUCGCACGAUGGCCGACGACGACACGCUGCUGGAGCACGCUGACGACGUCGAGCUCGCGACCGACGACAGCGACGCGUAUAUGCAGCACUUUUGCAGUGUCCUGACCAAGAUGAAGGCCACGUUCUGGGCGCUCCUGGCGCCGGCCGAGCAAGCCAUGGUCGACGAUUUUCUGGCGCUCACCGAGCCUGCACAAGCCCUGUACGCGCGCCUCUUUCAGCGCAAGGGCCCGUGGUUCCGGUCAACAUCGCUGGAGCAGUACUUGACGUCGACGCGCAUCCCGUGGACUGUCGACGCCUCGGGCACGCCGCCGCUGCAGCGCGCUUUAAGCGCCUUGCACGCCGCGGGCUUCAUUGCUGGUCUCAACCACGACACAAAGGAGUAUGCGUCCGUGCUGUCCGCGAUCGCACGCGCCUGUCCGCAACCCGAAGUCGCGCUCAUUCUGCAGGCGGUAGGCGCGUCGACCAAGGGCAAAACCAAGCGAGUAGGGCGAUAUGCUCGAGCGACUGCGGACGCAUGUGAGCACCCAACGUCGUCUCGACGGGUCGUUCCUGCCCCUGGCCGCCAAGGUGCAACGCGUGCUGUACGAUACUGCCACGUGCGAACAGAAGUCAAAAGACGACCUCUUCCUACUGCAGAUCGCACCCGAGAGUCGUAAUGCGUUUCGCCGCAUGCACCACCUCGCGUACCUCACCGCCUCCUUUACGAUGCCAACGCGCGCGCCGCCCAAGACGCCGACGUGGGACGACUGGCGCACUCUCUUCUUCACGAACGAGCCCGUGGUGUGGCCCGGCUUGCUCCAGACGUUCAACCGGUUGAUGGCGCCGGCGUAUGCCUGCACGCCCAGCGCCGGUAUGUUUCCGUCACUCCACGCGCUUGUGCUCUACGAGUGCAGCCGGCGACUGCGCCAAGCCAUGUACUCGAUCGGCGAGUGCAUUCCGGUGCAAAGCAACGUGCUGACGCGCGAGCCGUCACUCUCGAUCGAGUGGCUCGACCACAGCCCACCGUCGCUGCUCGUCUUUCAGGCGCAACCACCGCGUGAUGACGUAACGUGGAAGCUGGCGUGUCACCGCUCCGUCGACACGUUUCUGCGAACGUUCGCCGACUUGGAUGUGCUCGUGCUCGAGGUGCGCCAUGCCUUGCGGGCCUACCCAGCGCAAGAGAAUGACGUGGCACGCCCUCCGUUCUUUGCGCACUUUGAUGGCGGCUACCAGCUCGUGAAAGCACUGGAUAGCGCAAUAUCCAUCUACGAGAAACUCGGGCAGCACGACAAGGCCGUCGUCUUGCUCCAAGAAGCGCUCGCCGCCCGCCGUAUCGGCUACAAGCGUGGUUCGUGGUACGUUCGGCUCGCGGUCAACUUGCACAUGCAUCUCAAACAGCCCAACGAAGCGUUGACGAUCUGCGACCAAGGCUUGGCCGACGCCGACGUGCGCGACUGCGACCGCCUCGUGCUUCGGCGCAAGCUCCUCCGGCUCCGCAAACCAAGCCCCGAUGGCGUGCUCGACCAAAACGACGAUGAGGACGGGUGCAAGAAGAACGAACUCGGAAGCUACGUAUCGGAAGCGAUCGAAGGCCGGCCGCUGAACCGAGCGACGGGCGAAAAGUCACGCUUUAUUGGCUAUGACGACGCGGGCGUCUCGGUCGAGGAGCUCGUGUUGCAGCACUACAACCAAAACGGAUGGUAUGGCAGCCACCGCGAAGGCGCCGAGAUGCGCAUGCUCUUUGGUCUUUUGCUCUGGGACGUCAUCUUUAUGCCGCAGCCGCACGUCUUUCAAACGCCCUAUCAGGAUCGACCGCUCGAUUUGGAUAUUCGGUACGCAGCCCACUUUUGUGCCGCCCGCGCCGAUGCGAUCGACGCGACCUUGUCGGCGCUUGCGGCCAUGACAACCUCGGACCUGACGACGCACAUUGGUCAGCAGUACGACAUCUACGAGGGUCAAAAUGGCUAUGGCAUGUCGUGGAGUUCGUCGAGGGGCUACUUACAACUGCUGGCCGCCGGCCUCGGUGGCUCUAGCUUGUCGCGGUUGCUUCGUCUCUGGGUGACCGCGUGCGACUCGAGCGGGAUGCCCGACCUCAUUCUCGUGCGCGUACCGACAGAGGGUGGCUACGCCGACCUGCAACGCUAUAUCGAUCGGCGCGAGGCCACCGAGACGACGACGACGGAAGAGGUGGACGAAGGACUACCUUUGGCGCUGCUGGAAGCAAGCCAAGUGCAGCUGGUCGAGGUCAAGGGUCCGCGCGACGCGCUCUCCGAUACGCAGCUCGUCUGGCUCGAUAGGUUUCGACAAGCGGACAUUGUGGCCAAAGUGUGUUUUGUGCACGAGCCGAAUGAGAAGAAGACCAAGUCGCAAGCCAAGAAGCCAGCGACGCGACCACCUGCAACCAAGCGACCUCGUAAACCCAGUUCCACCGCCGCCAACAAGCGGCCACCGUCCGCGCCGAUCCUUGGCGUCACUGCCAAACGCAUACCGGAAGUCAUAGAGAUCAGCGACGACGACGAGUAG